GCACGCCCUCUACGUUUACAAGAGGUAAGACAAGAUGACUCCUACAUGAAGCAGACGUGGAACACGAAUGGAGUGUUUGUUUUAUGAUUAUCUGUCCUCUCUUAUGUUCCUAGCGGAGACUGAUUGUUUUAAAGAAUCGUAACCAUCAUUUCAAGAUGGCAACAUCAGGCAAUGGGACCUUUAUACCAAUGGUAUCAUCUUCACCACCUCCCAUGGAUGAUGUUGCAUUUGAUGAUGAUGAUGACGAAUUCAGCAAUUUCUCCAGUGCACCUGUAGGUCUAGACUCUCCUCCAGGCAAGUGGGUUAGCUCAACUAAGGGAUCGUUUGAGCCCAUCAAACCUGAUCUAUCUGACCCCUUCCAUCCUACAGAUGAUUCCCAUCCUUCUAACAAUCAGGAGGACUUUGGAACAUUUGCAGCAUUUGGGUCACCCAACCCAAGUCAAGAUAAGCAGAACACUAGUGACAAAUUUCUAACUAAUAAUAACAUAAAAGCACACUCUAUUAAUGGCAAUGAAAGUGAUGAGGAAGAUGAGUUUGCAGAUUUUGCAUCUUUUCAGAAUCAUCCCAUUGGAGGAUCCAGUAAGAGUGACCAAUCAUUUUUGGACAAUGGCAAGUUAAGCGAAGUGUCAUCCUAUGUACUCAAUAAGAACAACUCUCAUGAAAAUUAUGAAUCACACAAUGCUCAUUUUCCUCAGAGCUUAGACAGAGAUGGCAAGGGCUUAAAUAAAAGUUCUGAUGACCUCCACUCAGAUGACAGUACUUCAAUAGGUGGAAUAUCUCCUCUUGGUGAAAUACCACACACAGGGAUUAAAGCAGGAGGUGUGCUGUCAGAUUCUCAAUCUAGGAUUCCUUCACAGUCUUCUACAGAUUACCAAGUAGCAACUGGUGAACAUAAAGACAUGGUUGAAAAUGAUGAUGAGAGUGAGGUAACAAGAAGAAAAAGUGACUCUUUGACUGCUCAUUUAGAGAAACCAUCAACAGGAUCUCUCAGCUUCUUUAGAGACAGUGACAGACAAACCUUUGAUUCUGGAAUUGACAGCAUCAUGACACCCUCUGAUUCUAGUCCUGAAGGUAAGGAUGAUUGUUCUGGAAAUGUUAUAUGUGAAGAAGAUACAAGCAAUCAUUCAUCAAAUAUUGGACCAAAUACUGUAAAUGAUGACGAAUGGGGUGAUUUUGAUAACUUUUCAUCUGCUGAUAGUCAUGCCAAGCAGUCAAUUAACGCAGAAGUCCCAGAACUGUCAAAAAAUUAUAAUACAGGUAAAGAAAACACACAAGAAAGUGAUGACUUUGGAGAGUUUGGAUCAGCGGAAAGAACUCAGCAACCUCAAGCAAUUUCAGACAAUACAGGGAAAGGUGUGCUUUCAAAUUCAGAGAGCUGGCCCAAACCCGACUGUGGCAAUACUAAAAUUAAUUUGUCAACACCUCAAAGUAAAACAACAGUGCAAUGUGAAGAUGAUGAUGAUGAUUUUGGAAACUUUGACAAUGCUGAAAAAGAAAAGUCUGACAAUGUAAUUUCAUUCAGAAAGCAAGAUGAUGAUUUUGAUGAUUUUGGAGACUUUUCAUCAACCAAAAGUAUGUGUGUAAAUGAAAUCAGCAAGCAAAUUCAACAAAAAAAUGGUGAUGAUUGGGGAAGGUUUGGUGAUGAGAAAACACCAAAUCAUUCAGUAGCAACAGCAGGAGAUGAUGAUGAUGAUGAUUUUGGAGACUUUGGAUCAAAUCCUGGUCCAUCGUCUAGUUCUGUUAUGGACUCCAGAAAUGAUGAUGAAUUUGGAACGUUCAGCUCAAAUGAUGGAUCGACACUGGGUGAUUCAAGUGUUAAAAGCACAAAAAGCGAUGAUUUUGGAUCGUUUGGUAGUAGCAGGACUGUAUCAGGUUCAACAAUCCCUCCAGGAACAGGCAGUGUCUCUUCAAAGGUACCCAUUGGUGGAAGGGUGGAAAGGCUCUUCAAAUCCUGUUUCCCUAGGUCUCUUCAAGGAACAUCAACCAAUCAACCAGUACACACCCUCCAGAAAAUUAUAACAGUUAAAGAACCAGUACCAGCUAAGACCAAGACGGGCAAAAGCUCUGCUACAAAUGGUAUGGUUUGGCUUUCACUCAGUGAUAUGGAGAAUACAAUGGCUCAGAAAUACCACUGGAAUGACUCCAAGAAUAGUGGAAAGCUUCUCUUGUCUCUUGGAAUUGACUCAAGAAAUAUUCUACCCCCAGGGCGUGGUGGACGUCCCUUGUUUGCCCAGGAGCUUGGUAUGUUAACACCCAGUAAACCUGGUGAGGGCUCUGACAAGAUACCCCUCGGUGGCACUAGUGAUGUCAGCAGUGCAGCAGAAGAUGGCAUAUCAACCAACUCAUCUGUUACUGAGGAUACUGUACCCAAAGCAGAGUUUGACUGGAGCAACAGUGGUCUUAUUAACCCUUUAGAUGCAAACAGUUUAAACCUGGACUUUUUCGCCAAUGAGCGAAAGAGCUCUUCUUCUAGACAUAAAUCUAGAUCAGUGCAAAAAGUGGACCCAGAACUCUUGGACCUUGCGGUGAGUCCAUCUGAACCUCCACUCCAACCAGCAUUGACUCCAUCUUCCUCAUCUACCAACCAACCAUCAUCAUCUUCCUCUCAGAGAAAGUCUCCCAAUGCUCUUGACGAGAUCCUCAAACAUUCCUCAUCCUCCAUGGUCAAACAGAAACCAAAGCGAGAGGCAGGUCUCAGUUCUGAAGCCAAUUCUGUCUUGGAUUCACUCCCAGAUCUCUCCUACAUGCUAGCUAAGGUUCUCAUGUUCCCUGUCGCUUCUUCCAACUCGUCAUCUCCAUCCAAACCAGCAGCAAAGAAUGAUGCAGUCCAGGGCACUGGCUGGGCAGAGUCAAUCUCAUGACACGAUGGUCAGUAACGUUUGGUCAUUCUCAUGACACGAUGGUCAGUAACGUUCGGUCAAUCUCAUGACACGAUAGUCAAUAACAAGUGGUCAUUCUGAUGAAAGGAUAGUCAAUAACAUUUGAUCAAUCUCUUGACAGGAUAGUUGAUAAUAAUUGGUCAAUCUCAUGACAAGAUAGUCAAUACUUGGGCAAUCUUAUGGCAGGAUAGUCAAUAAUACUUGGUCAGUCACAUGACAGGAUACUCAAUAACACUUGGACAAUCUUAUGGCAGGAUAGUCAAUAAUACUUGGUCAAUCUCUUGACAGGAUAGUCAAUAAUACUUGGUCAAUCUCUUGACAGGAUAGUCAAUAAUACUUGGUCAAUCUCUUGACAGGAUAGUCAAUAAUACUUGGUCAAUCUCUUGACAGGAUACAAUUGUUCAAUCUCAAAAGUUCAUGUUGUCUAUUGGUUUAUAUCUUGCCUACAUUUACUAUUCAUCAUACAAUUCCCAAGAAUGUUCUGUAAUCUGAUCACAGAUCACGGAUCACAUGAUAUUCAGCGAAUUGCACUAUGGCAUCCAAAAUGCACUGUCCUGCACUCUGACGUCGUACCAAAUGUACUAUCCUGCACUCUGACGUCAUACCAUAUGCACUAUCCUGCACUCUGACGUCAGAGUGCAGGAUAGUGUGAGGUCUGGAAUUAUCUAGAAUUAUCUAGAAUUAGAUCAAAUAUGGCAUUUGGGGCAACAGUAACAUUGGGGAGAGAGGGUUGUAUAAAA